AUGUUGAUCGGGCUCAUUUUGAUACUGCUGUGCAAUAAAGAAGUCAGAUCUAAGGAUCUAGUCACUAUUCAUUUCAUCAAAAGCUUUGUUAUAAAAGAACAUAAGCCUACAUACUUCAUUAGUUACGGCUUGUGCUGGAAAAGGAACCAAAACUUAAAACUUUUAAAUGAAUUAUCCAAUGCUGGAAUAAGAUCAAUAUUUUCAACACAUAUAAGUAAUUAUCAAGGCCAUGAAACUAUGUUCCUGCUUGAUUUGGAUUGUCCCUGGCCUGAAAAACUUUAUUCGAAUGGUUCAGCGAGUAAUUUAUUUGGUUUUCCUUAUCAUUGGCUGGUGCUGAAUUCUUUAGAAGAUAAAUCAAAUAUUUUAAGUGAUGUUCCACUAUCGCCUGGAAGUGACUUUGUGUUGGCAAGUCGAGAAAAUGAUACAUUCACAUUAGACGAACUUCACAAAACUUCGCCAAUCGGUGAAGUUCUAUCAAAUUCUAGAGGCUAUUACAACGGAACCUACUUCGACAUAAGGCCUCAUAAGGAGCUUUUUCGAAGACGGCAAAAUAUAAUGGGUCAUCCCUUAACUAUGGCUAACGUGAUUCAAGACAGCAAUAGCACUCAGUUCCACCUGGAAGACAGACUAGAAGCCCAACAUGACGCAACAGCCAAGAUCUCGUGGAUGGUAGUGAAACUAGCCUUUCAGAUGCUGAACGCUACUCCACGAUACAUCUUUAGCCAUCGGUGGGGUUACAAACAAAACGGGAGUUGGUCAGGAAUGAUAGAUGACAUACUAAAUAACAAAGCUGAUUUGGGUCGUAUGAUGCUGUGGGUGAUAUUCACAGCGUUGAUGGCGCUUUACGCUGCGUACUCAGCCAAUAUAGUGGUUCUGCUUCAAGCUCCAUCUAAUGCUGUUCGAUCUUUAACACAACUAUCACAGUCCAAGCUAACAUUGGCCGCUAAUGAUGUAGACUAUAAUCAUUUCGUUUUUGGUAUGUAUUCAGAUGCAGUUCGAGUCGAAAUCUCCAAGAGGGUUAAGCCAUCACAUGGUAAAGCACACUUUUAUGAGAUCAAAGAAGGUGUUGAAAAAAUCCGACAGGGCCUGUUUGCUUUUCACUCUAUAGUAGAACCAGUGUACCGCCUCGUGGAGCAGACCUUCUUAGAGAUGGAAAAGUGUGACUUGGUAGAGGUGGAUUUUAUGAUGGGAUUUGACCCAUUUGUACCCGUGAAAAAGGACUCGCCAUAUUUGGAGCUAUUGAGAGUCAGUUUUAAGCGAAUCCGCGAGUCUGGUCUACAAUCAGCUAUAAACAAGCGGAUGCAAGUUCCAAAACCAAAGUGCUCGCACAGAAUAUCCGCUUUCAGUAGCGUGGGAAUCCUCGAUCUCCGCCCAGUCCUGGCUCUCAUGCUUUACGGGAUUGCUGUCUCCUUAGUGAUACUACUAAUUGAGAUGAUAAAUUUUAAAAUGUACGUGAUAAUUUAA